AUGUCAGGACCACCGCCUCCCAAACCCGGAGGCGGGUUGUCCCUCUACGCGGAUCUUCUUGACCCGCCAGGCGACUCUACAGCUUCCAUAUCGCGAGGACCCCAGCUCUCACAACAAGCGCUUGACGCCUUGAAGGAGCAAGAAGAUGGAGCUGCAGCGGGAGCAGCAAAGAAGGCAGACGCUUCGUUGCGCUUCCAGCCCAUCCCAAAUAUACGCCGGCCGCAGCAAAAGACACAAAAGCCCAAAGCAGGCUUCCCCAAGGCCGCUGCUGUUGUGCCCGGAUCAGGCAUUGGGAACCCAGCUGCAGCAGCGACGGGAGCUCCGGCUCCUCCUCUCGUCAAGAGUACGCUGGCAGAUUGGACCAACACGGAAGAGGACGACUUCAUGUUCGACGACAGACGGCCGCGCAACAAGAAGAAAAAGAAGAAGCACAACGCGCCGGUUGAGACGGACUGGAACGAGAUCUACGAUCCCUCGCGGCCUACAAAUGUCGAUGAGUAUCUGCGCAGCGACGAGCGCAUACUGGAGGUUAGGGAAUGGAAAGCGCUACUCUACAGGCAUAGACGGCCAGCCGAUCGGAAGAGGCAGUCAAGCUGGGACAGUGAAGAGGACGAAGAACAGCAUCGUCCUAUGGGCAACCAGUUCGCGCCACCAUCUGCAUACUCCUUCGCACCUCCGCCGCCCUCGCCGCCAAGGGCAGCACCGGCUCCCUUGCCAGACGACAAGACGGGAGACGAUGCGUAUGCUCGACGACUAGCCCUGUCGCAAGGCAUACCACCGCCUCCGCCACCGCCUACUGAGCCGAGUCAUACCGGGUCAGAAGUACAGUCUCCAGUACCCCCUCCACCGCCGCCAGAACCGGACAAUGCAACCAUCUCCCGCGCGCCAGUCCGCUAUUCUCAGCCAGAACCGACGGAGACGAUGGCCAUGGACGAUGACGUGCCCGAAAAUCAAGCAGAAAACGAGGAAGAGGACGAGGACGAGGACGCUCCACGGUCGAAUCGGCCAGGGCAAAAGGGCUUUGCUGCCCGGCUCAUGUCCAAGUAUGGCUGGUCCAAAGGCCAAGGACUGGGCGCCGAGGGUACCGGUAUCCUCGCCCCAUUACGCGUGCAAGUUGAGAAGCGCAAAAAGAACGAGAAUGGCGGUUGGGCGGAACCAGGCGGACGAGGCAAGAUCAUACAGCCAAAAGCAAACCCGAACAAUAAUAACACAGCCUCGUCUACAUUGGAAUCGUCGUCAGCAGGUCAGGGUGGAAAGUUUGGCGCCAUGUCCAACGUCAUUGUCCUCCGGCACAUGCUGGAUAAUAUUGAGGAUGCACAGCAGGAGAUGGAGGAUGGUCUCGGCCAAGAAAUCGGCGAGGAGUGCGGCGAUAAAUAUGGUCGCGUCGAGAGGAUCUACAUUGACACGGCCCCCCAAGGCUCCAAGAGCGUCUACAUCAAAUUCGUGGACACGGUGAGCGCCUUGCGGGCUGUCAACGCGCUGGAUGGUCGUGUGUUUGCGGGAAGCAGUAUUGAGCCGCGGUUCUACGAUCUCGAGACCUUCGAGAAGGGUGUGUACGAAUAA